AUAUGACAUAUCAUGAUUCGAAGUUAUGACGCAAAUCUCUCGUAGAUAGAUAAAAAGAAAUUUAUUGAUAGCAGACCUUGCACGGGGUUACUUUGAUUUAGCAAAUAUCAUAAGGUAAGUUAUACAACUGUUCCAAAUAGGACUAUUGAUAAGAAUAUUAAAGUAUCUAUAAAUAAAGUAAUGACUAUAGACGUUUUUCCGAACGAUGAUAACGAUGUGUUGAGGGUUUUUGUGGUGAGACAUGGACAAACUGACCACAAUAAGCAAAAGAUUUUACAAGGACAUUUAGAUAUCGAUAUAAAUCAGCACGGUCAACAUCAAGCAGAAAAAGUUGGUGAGUUCUUCUCUGAAUUUAAGAUCGAUGAAUUUGUUUCUUCUGAUUUAAUACGAUGUCAAAAUACUAUAGCCGAAAUCACCAAACGUCAGAUUAAUGCAAAUGAAGAAGAUAUCCCUGUCAAAUUAACUUCCAAUUUAAGAGAGAGAAAUAUGGGAGUUGUACAAGGUAUGAACAUCCAGAAUGCUUUAGAAAUAUAUGGUGCGGAUUAUAAGAAUAUGGGUGAAACCAAAGUUGAACUAUUAUCCAGAGUUGAAAAUGAAUGGAACCAUAUAAUAAAGAGAAAUGAAUCCAAUAAGAAUAUACUAAUUUGUACACAUGGGGGUGUCAUAACAGGAUUUUUUAACCAUUUGUAUCAUCUGAGAGAUUACAAAUUAAAUCAAGAUUUACAGCCACACGAUUUGAAGGUCCCUUUCAAUACUUCUGUUUCAGUUAUAGAUAUUAAUAAGGCUACGAAGGAAGGAACUAUUCAGAAUUUUGGUAGUACCAAUCAUCUUGGAGGCCAUUUUGAAGUCAAAGAUCAACGUUUGAGAUAAUUUUUUUUCAAUUCAUUAGGAUUUACAAUUGUUUACUAGUUAAAUUUAUAAUAGACUAUAUAUAUAUAUAUUAGAAUAGACGGUAAUAUUUAUUAUUAAAAAAAA